AUGGACUGAAAACUAAGAUGGCGGACGAGUAGUUCACACUACAGUGUCCUUUACUGCCCAGUAUAUCAGACAUGGAGGCACAAAAGAAAACCCCAGAGACACGGCUAUUUCGCAGUAAUGUUCUGAAUCCAAAAGACGAGAUAGAAGAGAAACUAGAAAAGUGUGCAGGUAUUGUGAAUAGUACUAUAUCUGGGUUGCCAGACAGGGAAGCGCAUGAUGCUCUCAACCAAACAGUUUGUAAAAGUGUUCAACAACAUGAGGAUGUUUCUUUGGGAUUGCUCUACAUUAUCCUUACUGACCCAGCAUCUGCACCAAAGGCAUAUCGAGACUUGUCAUUUAUCACACGCGAUGGCCUUGGCAUGAUAAUCAACAAAGUGGUAGGGAUCGUAACAGACAAGUUUGCAAAACUACAAGAAGCUACGAAAACACAGAUAUUAUGGCUGACAACGGAGCUGGUUAAGAAUUCUGUCUUGGGAACAGAGAAUUUGUGUGCGGCACUGUUACGUCAGAUUGUGGGUGGCGACAUUUCUCCUCCCAACAUAUGGCUGGCGGAGUCCAUGUUAAACUUACUGAGCAACAACAGACCCUGGUUAGAGAAGAACGGUUUAUUUCUGGCAACAGCACUCUACUGUUACCUUCGUCUGAUACAAGAUCAUGAGGCUGCUCCUUUCAAGAACCUCAGGACCAUGGAAAUUGAAUUUUGUAUCUCACUUUUGAGGGAAAGGUUUGCAGAUUGUUUACCCAUUGGUAGAGAUCUUGUUCGACUACUCCAAAGUGUAGGAAGAAUUCCAGAGUUUCAAGCUUUGUGGAAAGAUAUUUUGUACAAACCACAAACAUUAAGUCCUCAGUUCACAGGUCUAACACAGUUAUUGCGAAUAAGAACAUCUAGAAAAUUCCUUGCUUGUAGACUGACACCAGACAUGGAGAACAAAAUUAUCUUUUUGACUUCAAAGGUCAAGUUUGGGCAGCAAAAGAGAUACCAAGACUGGUUUCAUAAGCUGUAUUUAUCUUCACCUGAGAGCCACACCCUUAAACCAGAUCUCAUUCGCUACAUUGUUGGUGUUGUGCACCCUUCAAAUGAAGUACUAGGCUCUGAUGUUAUUCCACGAUGGGCUAUCAUUGGCUGGUUAUUAACAUCAUGUCAGGCCUCAGCUGCAUCAGCCAACGCAAAGCUGGCUCUCUUCUUUGAUUGGAUGUUCUUUCAAACUGACAAAGACAACAUCAUGAAUAUAGAGCCAGCCAUUUUGUUGAUGCACUGUUCCAUCAGAAGCCAUCCAUUUAUCACCAGUACACUCCUUGACUUCAUCUGCCGGAUGAUGUCUAACUAUUGCCCAUCUUUGGAUGGUUUUGUGAGGCAAGGAGUAAGAAAUGGCUUCAGAAUCAUACAGAGAAAGAAAGUUGUCAUUUCUCUGUCACCUCUUCUGGAUAACCCCAAGCUGGAAAGAGGACUGAAAGUUUUGGUUAAACGAGAAUUAGAAGAGUUUUGUGUUCCUGGUGUAAAGCUUGAGGAAGCUUCAACUGAUAUCAGUCUCCAGUCCUCUAGCAUGAUGAGACUAGGAGGAGAACUAGGUUCAAUGGACACUUCCAAAGAUAUUGAAACAGAAGACAGUGGUGUUGAUGAUGAGCUGGAGAUGCCGGAUGAAGAAGCCUUGUUCUCUGACCCUGAAGAAGAUGAAGAAAUGGAAGGCAUUAAAAAUGAACCAAUAGAAAAAGACUAUGAGUUUAAGCCAAUAGUAAAGGAGGAAGAUACCAGGCAAGGAGGGGGGACGUCAGCAAGUACGGGGGAGGAAAGGGAGAGUAAUGAAGAUAUAACAGAGCUGGAAGAACUUGAAAAUAUUGGGGAAGAAUUAAAGAGCUUGCUGAUACAGUUCUCCAGAGAAAGUGAUCCCACAAUGAGAUGCAAGAGGAUGGAAAACAUCUUGACUGGUGUAAUUGACCUCGAGGAUUCUGAAGUGGACGACAUUUUGAAACCUCUUGCUGUUUGUCUGAAUUUUUGUUUGGUUGAUGAUCUUCUAAUCUCCUGCUUUACUAAAGAAAGAAAUGUCGAAGAAUCCUUGGAAAGUCCUGUCUAUGAGCUAUUUAGAAAUAUUUGUACAUUACCCACACAUGACGUCAGUAGAGAACGCUUCCUGUCUCUUCUGAGUGCUUUACAUGAGGUCAACAACAAGUUUGGCUAUCGCUUCUUGUUCUAUCUCAAAGCCAGUGAAUCAGAUGAAGAAAGGCUGACGAUGUAUGAAGAUUUUGCAACCACUUCUCGAGGAGAGAAAAGCUUACAAGCCUGUCUGAUAGAAGAUCUAAAGGUGUGCCAAGAUUACGACCCUAGAGCAUUCCGUUACAUCAUACCGUCCAUAUACAGAAAGUUUGCUGAGCACGUGGUUGGUGAUAGCGAAAUCUUACACAUGUUGGUGACCAAUAUGGAGCCAAUACAGCUUAACACAUUUAUCUGCGAAAUAACAUUAGGAGAAUUAAUCAUCUUUGGAGAGCAAAAACAACUAGACACGCUUAUUGAAUCGACAUUAGAUUGGGAAUCAUUCGAGCAGUACUGUGUCUGGCAACUGAUACAAGCAGAAGAUGUUCUACUAGAAUCAAUAGUUGGUAUUCUGCCUCUACUGAAACCAGAGCAGCACGCUGAAGCACUGGCUAACCUAUUGAUUCUGAUGAAAAGUGUCCAGCCUUCUCAUGAUCUUUUGACACCAGUGCUUGGAAUGGAAUGUCCAGACAAGAGACCUGGUAACCAGUUUGCUACAGCGUUGCUAAGAUACUGGAGUCAGGAAUAUUCAAGUGAGCUGGCACAACUGAUAAGUCAACAAGUAUCUAAACAACUGUCUGGGGGAAAGAAAAGAAAGAAUGCAAAAAAUCAGCCAUCUGUGGAUCAAGUGUUGUCUCACCUCGACUGGUUACACAACAUAUGUCAAGAACAAGAAGAUAUCAGUUUUUUUAAACAAGACAAUAUACGAUCAGCUCUAGAUCAGGCUAGAAUCGCUGGAUCAGAAGCAAGAAAAUCCAGGUUCAAAAUGCUCUUUUCGUUGUGCGAUGAAAAAGAAACAAGGAAAAGAACUACAAGAAUGUCGCGCCAGCAAGCAGCAUCUAAACAGUCAGCGGCGUCCUCUGAUGAAAGUGAUGAGGAAGAGGAAUCAAUUAAACCAAAGCCUACAAAAAGACGAAAGAAAACUAGUACCUCUGUUGACUCUGAUAGCGAUGACUAGUAACCUUUUCGGUUACGCCAACUAAUCAAGUCCUCUCUCUUUUCUCCACUCCCUCCGCUAAGUUCUCUUUGCCUCGAGGGGAAUAGACAGCUGCUAAAACUAGUAGUCAAUGCCCUUCGUCUACUCAGUCAGUGUGGUGCAUACCACUACCAUUCUUUCAUGCAGUUAGCCUAUCAUGAUAGUUAGAUAGGAAUUCUGAAGAAUUUGGAAAGUAUUGAUGCCCAUUUGAUCAAUAUACUAGUGCACGUCCAUAAAAUAUUCAUUUCAAAAGGCUGUUCUCAUUUACUAAUGUUAGACAGAAUAAUAAAACUGCUUUAUAUAUAACUUGAUGAACAAAAGAAAUUGAUUGUUAGAAGGCCGAAGUGCAAAAGUAGGCUUUAAUAAAAGCAGAAGUUAGGAAUUUUUAUGAAAAA